CUAUGAACUCAACUCAAGGCCUUUCUGUAUUCCUACUUUGUUUGAUUACUCUGGAAACUUAGCUUGAGGAAAGACCAAAACUCUUUGUUUUGUCUGUUUUGAUUUUGAGGGGUUUGGAGGCAGAGAUUUGGAUCAUUUGGACAAAAUGAAAAACGCUAUUCUUCCAUCUGUAUCCACACAUUAUGAUUUUGGAAACAUUAAUUAUGAUCUCCAGAUGUUUAGUGACAUUAAUCCUCACAACAGUUCUGGGUUUUGCAUGGAGCCUAUUCUCAACUUAGACAAUGACAAACAAAAAAGAGUUGAAGACUAUUCCUUACCCUUUCAGCCAUCAUCCCUUGUUACCUAUCAACAAGCUUUUCCAGAUGUUAUUGAUAAUAGCUCCCACCAGCAGUCAAUCUUGCUUGGCAAGAAGAUUUUGGCUCCACAAUUAGAAGUGAAGGAUUUUCUGGCUAUUCAAAAGAGAAGGAAACGGCCAACUGAAGAUAAUGACAUGCUCUUUGCCAGAAGUAGCACUUGGGAGUUGCUUGGUGACAAAAGAAAAAAAAGAAACAAAGUGACAAGCAAUGACCAAGAAGCAUUAUUAUCAGGAGGAAUGCAAGAGCACAAGUUGCUGAUGCCUGCAAAGAGGAGCCAAAAGCUCAGUGACAAAAUCACUGCUCUUCAAAAGCUGGUUUCCCCCUAUGGCAAGACUGACACUGCCUCAGUUCUUCAAGAGGCUUCCCUUUAUAUCAAGCUUAUUCAGGAGCAAAUUCAGAACCUUUUUAGGAUGAUGAGUAGCCCAUGCGACAAUGUUAGAGGCUCUCAAUCACAGAACUAUCAACAGGAAAGUGGGAAAAGAUGGCUAGACCUGCGAAGUAGAGGGCUUUGUUUGGCUCCGAUCUCAUUUACUAAGACAGUGGCGUUGGAAGAUCCAAUUGAUAAAUAUUCACGCUAUUAGUUAUUAAUUAUUAGAUUUGAAGAAAAACCAUUCGCACACACACACACAUCCCAUUACUAUAUUCUACUUUCUUCAUUUUUUUUAAGCUACAGAACAUAUUUUUACAUGUACACAUUUCUUAUGUGAUAUUCAAAGAGGAAGUUUGAGUGAAUCUCCUUUGCUUAA